AUGAUGGAUUACUAUACUGGUGACCAACCAGGAGAUGUACCAGGAAACAUCCCAGACCCAUAUUACUGGUGGGAAGCCGGGGCAAUGUUCGGCGCCAUGGUCGAAUACUGGUAUUACACUGGCGACGACCAUUGGAACAACAUGACCACCGAAGCACUCCUGCACCAAGUAGGCGACAACAAUAACUUCAUGCCGCAGAACCAGACACUGUCCCUCGGAAACGAUGAUCAGAUCUUCUGGGCCUUUGCGGCUAUGGCUGCUGCAGAACUGGGAUACCCUGAUCCACCAAAAGACCAGCCACAGUGGUUGUCGCUCGCGGAGAAUGUGUUCAAUUCGCAGGCUACGCGCUGGGACACGGAGACUUGUGGUGGUGGCUUGCAUUGGCAGGUCUUUGAGUAUAAUGGUGGAUAUUCUUAUAAGAACACUAUCUCCAAUGGAGGGUUUUUUGAUGUCGCUGCUCGGUUGGCGAGAUAUACGGGGAAUGACACGUUCGCAGAGUGGGCGGAUAAGGUCUGGGAUUGGACGAAUGCUAUGGGGUUCAUUGAUGAUGAAUGGCAUGUCCAUGAUGGUGCUGAUAGCAAAGAUAAUUGCACUGAGGUCAAUACCUCGCAGCAUGCAUAUCUGCCUGCGGUUUAUCUCCACGGUGCAGCGAAUAUGUAUAACAUAGUAAGUGUUCGGCAGGGAUGUUCAACAUCAUACUUAAGUGAUACCUCAGUAUCCAUGACCUCGAGCAUAUCCAUGACUUACAUACGACAGACCAACGGAUCCGAUAUCUGGAAGCAGCGAAUAGAAGGCCUCAUCAGCGGACUGGACACCUUCUUCCCGGAUAACACAGACGUCAUGUCUCAGCCCUGUGAACGAGGGAAGUGUGACCUCAACUCUCGGUCUUUCAAAGCCUAUCUAGCACGUUUCAUGGGUGCAACCAUUCCCCUCGCUCCGUUCACGCAGGGAAGACUACAGUCCAAGAUCCGAGGAUCCUCUACCGCCGCCGCCGAGCAAUGCAAUGGGCCCAAUAAUGCCUGUGGGCUGGUUUGGACUGACGGGACCAAUUACAAAAGUAGUACUGGCAUUGGUGAACAGAUGGCGGCGCUGGAAAUCUUCAAGGCCAACUUGGUACAUACCGUCAAGGCACCUGUCACCCACAACACCGGGGGUACAAGUGAAGGUAAUUCAGGGUCCAGUGGUGGGGGCAAUAGCAGUACGGUUGAUAGGGAUAUUCGGACUCGGGCGAUUACGACGGGGGACAAAGCUGGUGCAGGCAUUGUUGCUGCUCUGGCUGUUUUGAUGCCUGUUGGUGCUGGUGUGUUCAUAAUUGUAAAUUCUUGA